GAGCUUUUUGUAUCAUUGGCAGAGUAUAAGUUACAUGGCAGAGCGCAUUGUUGGGCACGGAUCUUUUGGAGUUGUGUUUCAGGCAAAGUGUUUGGAGACUGGUGAAAUGGUAGCAAUCAAGAAGGUUCUUCAGGACAAGAGGUAUAAGAAUCGUGAGCUGCAAACCAUGCGAAUGCUCGAUCACCCAAAUGUGGUAUCUCUGAAGCACUGCUUCUUUUCAACCACUGAAAAGGAUGAGCUUUAUCUUAAUUUGGUGCUCGAGUAUGUGCCCGAGACAGUUAACCGUGUAAUCAAGCACUACAACAAGAUGAACCAGCGCAUGCCAUUGAUAUACGUGAAACUCUACCUGUAUCAAGUAAUAAUGAACUUCAACUGGGAGCACGAUCUCAACUAUAUUUGCAUUAUCUUUAAGGUACCUAGCUUUGUUUUUGCUGUUGUUCGUUAUUUUGAAAUUCAUCAUUCUAUUAAAGAAAGAAAAGAAGAGCUUAUUACCACAAUUUUUCUUUUUGUUGUAUCGAAAUUUCACAAAAGGAUGCCAGCUGAAGCGGUUGAUCUUGUUUCUAGGCUUCUGCAGUACUCUCCACACCUACGAAGCACGGCUUUGGAGGCGCUAAUCCGUCCCUUUUUCGAUGAACUCCGAGAUCCAAACACCCGCCUUCCGAAUGGCCGAUCCUUCCCCCCACUCUUCAACUUUAAACCUCACGAGCUGAAGGGAGCCCCGAUGGAGAUUGUAGUGAAGUUGAUCCCCGAGCACGCAAGGCAUCAGUGUCUCCUUUUGGGAUUGUAAUCUAUUGAAUCAAAUUCUACUCUUAACAUAGCCAGAUGUGUAGCUUUAUUAUGCCUUUAAAAAGGAUAAACUAGAGACCAUGAAUUCAGGUGACUUCGUGCACUUUAAUCUCAUUGAAGCUGUGUUCGCAGCGUUUCCGUGUAUUGCUAUCACUGCCUCUAGUUACAUGAGGCAGAUUAUUAGGGGUCUGUUUCUUAUGUAUCUCCUACGAAAUCGACAGGGGAUUUCUCUACGAUCCUUUGCUCUAAUUCACAUAUUCAGUUCAUGGCGUAACUGAAGAGAGGCAUUUGCUUUACUCACGUUGAACAGUUAAAAA